AUGUACUUCGCAAAUCCUCUCAUUACUGAAAAGCUGAACACAUUGAUUCUGGUUCGUGAACAACAAUACAGUUCGCUCAAGCAUAUCACGUAUCCUAACUUCGUGCAACAGAUUUUUCUUUUCCUGAGGUCUUUGGCUCAGUACGACAAACUUCGCACUCGGGGCGCGUUUCUCGAACAGUUCCGAAAAGAGGAAAUUUUUCGUGAUGAUCCCGAUCUGAAAGAAUUCUCUGACAGUCGUCAGGUUGUGCAUAACCUGAUCGAGGAACACACGGCGGCAACACGUUCCGAUUAUAUCCACUGGGGUGCGCAACGCGCAGUCGCUGUGGCGGCCACACAAGCAGCUGCAGCCGCAGCUUCCAUGAGCACUGCGGCAUCCUGA